AUGGCCGGCCUCCAAUACAACUUCUUCCCCACAGAUUUCUUCUACCCUCGUCCAAAGUCCGUCACCGUAGCCACUGAUGCCGGCCAGACUUCCUCCUUGCCCUUAACGCGACCCGACGGAGCAGCCGCCGGCGACCACCCCGCCAGUCUCAUCGUCCACACCAACGGCAACAAGUCCACCACCGCCAUAGAGUACAAGAAGAAGUACAAUCACCUGGAUGGAUAG